AAUUCGGUACAUAAUCGAACUUUGUUCCAAUGUUAAAAUCAUCUUUCACCGUGUUAUUUCCUUAAUUUAAAAUAUAUCCACCUUUUUUAAGUGGAAAUGACCUCUGGAACAACAGUGUUGUCAAAAUCUAGAUCAGUAAUUCAAUACCUUCACGAUCCAAGCCUUGUUGCGUAUUUUCAAGAAUUAUGUGGUAUCCGCCGGUAUUCAGCGAAUGGUAUGUCAAAAAAUGGAACUAAUGGUAAAUCAUAUGAAAAUGGCAAGAAUAAAAAACAGAAAGAGAAAGAUUUUGUUAUAACGAAUAAAUCGCUAGAUGUUCUUUUUCAAAUUGGAUCAGCUUUGGGAAAUGAACUUUUUUUGACUUUUUUUUUCUCAUGGUUCUUUUGGAGUGUUGACUCUUUUGUAGGAAGAAGAGUUUGUAUGUUUUGGGCUGUAUACAUGUACAUUGGACAAGCAACUAAAGAUUUCCUCAAAUAUCCAAGACCCGCAAGCCCUCCUGUAAUUAGGUUGGAAAAAAGGUACGAACUAGAAUACGGGUUUCCAUCAACACAUGCCAUGACAGGUGUUGGCCUUCCAGUUGCAGCAUUCAUAUUUACUUAUACACGAUAUGACUACUACGCUUAUAUUGGCAUUAUAAUUUGCUCUCUUUGGGGAUUAUUGGUUGGCCUAAGUCGAUUGUACUUAGGCAUGCACUCCAUUCUUGAUAUCCUUGCCGGCUAUGUUUACAUUUUCCUCAUUACACCAAUUUUUCUACCAAUACUCGACAUACUCGACCCCUAUAUACUCGACUAUCCAUAUACACCCAUUGUUAUACCAUCUAUUUUAAUUCUCAUUAUGGCUUUUUAUCCAAAAUGUAAGGAAUGGAAUAGCGCUAGAGGCGAUACUGCACUCGUUCUCGGAAUAGCUGGAGGAAUUAUGAUUGGCCAUUGGUUUGCAAGAGAAUGGAACCUUAUGACAAGAACUGGUUAUGAGCAUCAAAGUUUGAAACAUGAAAUUACAAUGCCGUCAUUAAAAGUAUGCUCUAUAGUUUUUAUACGGCAAGUUGUUGGUUUGAUUAUACUUGUCAUAACGAGAUUCACUUUCAAGUAUGGUUCCAUUUAUGGUCUAUGUAAAAUAUUUGGGUUUGACUGGAGAAACGUUGAACAUAGGAAAUUUGGAUUGAUCGAAAUACCUUAUAAAUUAAUAACUUAUAAUGCUAUGGCUAUAAAUGCGGUAAUUUUGGCGCCCAGUGUUUUCGAAUUGCUGAAUAUAGACAGAAGUGACUUUAGAGGAGAAUUAUAG